AUCCCCAACCCCACCACCCUACCCUGAGGAUUUGUUACUUGAACAGACUGAGUUGCUUGGGGCUGAGCUCUCUUUAUCUCUCUCAAACUAGAAAAACACUUCCUGUGAGAAGAAAUUCUUUUGAAUGAACCCUCCCAUCUUUUUUUCUAAUGUGCUGUUAGAAGGACAGUAAUUAUUCUUGCAAGCAAGUCCACAGUCACAGAUUUGGAUGUACUCAGUGGCUGCAAAAGAAUUCAAAGGGAAAGGAAGCAUAAGUACGACCUAGAUUAGAAAAUACUUCCAUAUUUGUACAAUACGACUGGAAGGACGAGGCGCCUUCAUGCUUCGCAGCUGAAGGGGCAAGUCAGACUCCUCCUGGGUGUGAGUACCACAGCCUAAAUCUUCCCUUUGUUUGGUUAAUUAGAGCAAACCUAUGCUGCCAGCUACCACAGCCAACUGCCACAUCAGCAAAGACUAAACCCGGCCAGAGGAGCUUCUAAGCAAGAAAUCACAUUUUCUAGGGUUUGGAAGAGUCAGUAUGUUGGAUCAGAUUCACCUGCUUGCUGCUGUGACAGUCCUGGGAGUCCUGGAGCAAGCCUACUUCUUCCUCCAGGUGAUCUAUGCUAGGAGGUUGUUUGGCAUUUCGCCUCCAAAGACCUCAGGCCCACCUGAAUUUGAGAGGGUCUUUCGAGCACAGGUGAACUCCUCUGAGUAUUUUCCAAUUUUCCUGGCACUUCUGUGGCAGGCUGGACUCUUCUUCCAUCAAGGUCUGGCUGCAGCUUUGGGUCUGCUCUAUCUCUACUCCCGCUACUGCUACUUUACAGGAUACAGGGCAUCAUCUUCAGAAAGGCUCACCCCGAUAUACUUUUCCGCUGGAGUUCUCUGGAUUCUCGUUGGAGCGUCAGCCCUGGGUAUCCUGCAUUCCUUGCUCUCUCACUACGUGGGGCUGAACGUCCUCCAGCUUCUCACAGCGUGACCCAGUCCUCUGUCCCUCAUCAGUGUCCUCACCUUGGAGUUCUGCUCCCUCCUGCACUCCGUUACAGACUGGCUGCAACUCACACAGCCCCCAGCAAGAAAUCCACCCUCAUCUGAGCUUUUAUCACCUCCCUUCUCGCUGCCCAGCACCAGCACGAACUGCUGAGCUCUUCAGGAGGUAUUUUUCCCCCGCGGCACUUUUGUGUGCCAAGUGCUCCAUAUCUGGCAGCUCCAUCAUGCGAAACACCAACGAUCCAAAACAAGGAGAGUUUUAGGAAAGCUGGACACAUAAAAGCAAACUCUUCUCAGUCUGAGUUUCACAGUGAGCUUCCCCAGGGAAUGGCCAUGUGUUCCCUGUUAUCCAACAGCCCUGCCUGCAGCCAGGGCACUGAACAGAUUCAUGCCAGUUUGCGGAGGCCCACACCUAUUAAAGGCAUUUGUUUGGAAUUCAGUGUGGGCUGCGACAUAACAAAAGAGGUGAGGGGUAAACAGGAGCAGCCACCAACAUGUUGUGCAAAGGUCUGUUAGUGCCUUCAUGCUGCUCAUCAGCCAUUGCCUAUGAGACUGCACAAACUCAUCACUGCUGCGUGUGACUUCCAACACUGCUUGGCAACAAGGUGCGCAAUUAAACAGUCACUGAACUUGCUGUUCUAGGUGUCUCUUUGUGAGUCUGCAGCUAGCAGGGAACAGCAACAUGAGUGUUUGAAUACAAGGUGGCUGCCUUGGUUUCCCUGAUGUGCAGUCCAACACAGCCUGCAACCUUGUGUGCCACAAGAGCAGAGCUCUGAGGAGGGAGAAGCUGAUUUUUGGAGAUGCUGAGCUCACCGAUUGGGUGCUGAGCCGCUCAGCACCAAGAAGUGUUUUCCACUGGGUGGUUUGCACGGUGCUCAAGUCCCACCUGCAUCAGGAAGGGCUGGAUUUUCACAGGAGUCCACCAUUCACAACACUGAUGCUUUUGGCCAUUGGUGCAUUUGGUGCCCUCCUGUUAGUGACACAGCUCAGGAAACACCAGCAGUGCUGUGUGUCGUCACAGGGGGAAUUCACACCAAACCCAGAGAGCAAAAAUAACUGCAUGAGCAUGCUGCCAGUCUAACCACACUGUAAAGCCCGCUGGUCACCCCUCCCUUCACCAGCAGCAGGCAUAUCUAUACUGUAAGAACAAAAGGCAGGGUUUUUUUGAGGAAGUGAUUAAUUCUUCACAUUGUUUCAUUUCCUUCCCUGCAUUUUAAAUUGGCUUACCCAGCAAAACCCCCAGUCUAUUUUGCUUUUGAGCUCUCCCACCUUGGAGUCCUGCCACUGCACUGAGGCUGGCAAACACUGCAGGGAAAGGCUUAAAGCCAGACAAAAAUAACUGUACAACACUUGUCUCUACAAAGUUUUUGGUGCAGCACAGCCCCAUCCUCACAGGAACCCCUGAGUGUCACAGUGAGAUAAACAACAACUUUUUUCCUGGCAUCUUUGGUGACACACUUCCAAAAAGGUUGAGCAUAGUUUAACCCUGGCUGUGCAUUAGCAAAGUCUGGGGCUAGCAAGGGAGGGACAGACAUACCACCUGCCCCCAGGGAGAUUUCACUUAGCCUUUACAUUAACAGGUAAAGGAUCUCCUGAAGUUGAUCCCCAGUCUUCACCUUUUUAUCAGUAUGAGUCACCUCCCAGAGGGUUAAUACAGAAGGACCAGCUACUGGUGCAGGUCCUGACUCCAUGUCAAAACCCCGCUGUUUGGGGUUAGUCCAAGUGGGUGCUCAGUGGUUCUGCAAACACAACCUCUGUCUUUUAUCCUACAACCAAUUUUCUAAGCCUGCUGUAUCAACCUGGAGCCACUACCCACCUCAACCCCGCUUGUGUCCACUCUGUGUGUGACAGGGCUGCAGAAUGACUCAGAGGAGGGAAAUUAAUGAUUCAGCAGUGAGUUGCAGCCAGCUUCUCCCCUUGGAUUCACGGAAGACCAUUAAAAAUCCUGUCAUGUCGCAGUCAGGCUCUGGCCUUGGUAUCUGCCAUCGCUAGUUCUGCCAUAGAAAACCUGCCAGGCUCAUCACUGGCCCUUCAAGCCACUGUCAGAGGGGCCAUUUCAGGUGCCCUGAGCAGAAGGAAAGCUGCUCCCCUCCACUAGGGCUGCUGUCAUUGCUCUGCUUCUUCAUCAAAGAAAACGGCUUUGCACUAGUCCAUGGUUCAACCAUGCAGGCCACGGUUUUGGCAUUUACCCAGUUCACAGUCUGCUGCCCAGCACGGUGUGCUGGUGCUCUACGGCACCAGUUUGCCCACCUGCAUCUGCUGCAGAGGCGCUGAGGGGCCAGUGGGCUGGCAGGGGCUGUGCUGGGGGGCUGCCCCUGCCACCCCGGGCCACCGUCCCGCUGGUGUGAAGGCCACCCCAUGAGCUCCAGUUUAAGGGUGAUCCAACCGCCACCGGCACUGCUGCACAGCCCAUGUCCAGCGCCAAGGGUGAGGGUGCCCCCGCUGCCCCGCGAUGGGGGCCAGACCCGCGCAGCCAGACCCGCUCCCCCCCCGUUUGUGUCCCCGCUUUCCCCGGGAUUCCUGUCCCCACUCCACCUGGGAUUCGUGUCCCCACUCCCCCCCGUGUUUGUGUUCCCGCUCCCUCCGGAAUUCCUGUCCCCGCUCCCCCGUGGAGUUUAUGUCCCCACUCCCCCCUGGGUUCGUGUCCCCACUCCCUCCGGGAUUUGUGUCCCCGCUCCUGCCGCCCCGGCCCCGCCGCUUCCUCCUGGGGCCGGGAGAGGGCGCUGGUGCCCCGCGGCUGCGGCGGCGGGCGGGGGGUCCGGGGGUGCCCCGGAGGUCCGGGGGGUCCAAGAGAACCGGCCACGGCGGCUCCGGGCCCGCCGCCCGUGCCGGGGCACCUCCGGCCGCACCCGAGACAAGCCCGGGGCAGCGCUCCCCGGGCAGCCGGCACGGCCGCUGGCACCCUGGCAUGACCCGCCUGCUUCGAGCUUGAUCCGUGCUGGGCCAGGCUCUGGCAUUAAGGUUAUUGGAUUGGGGGAGUCCUGGAGCCUCGCAGGAAUCUCCUGGAGACGCUUACGACACGCAUAAAGAGCCCCUGCAAACGCUGUGCGGAUUCCCGAGCUCCUUCCUGCUUCCUUCCCUUACAGCUGCCAGUUCAUUGUCAGCAAUAGAGGAGAGCAAAAGGUUUGGCGUGAGGUAUUUGGAAGCAAAUCCACCCUGAUAGUGCCACAGGCUCCCAGGAGAAGCAACCAGCCGGAUGGGAGGCCGGUGGAGAACAAAGGAAACCCGCAGAACCAGCGAGAACUGUUUUUUUAAUCACGAGAAGCGCAGAGGCUGAACUUGUAAACAACUCUCCGUCCCCGUGGGGCUGCUUGCCACGCGAGGGGCGGUGAAGGCACAGCAUUCCAUCCGGGCUCCCGGCAAGUCUUGUAUCCUGGUGCAGAACUUUGUAGCUUAUUAUCUUGAAAACUUCAAGGGCGCCCGCGUGUACUUUCCUACCCGUGACGUGUGGCCGGUGCCGGAUAAGUGCACAGACAGGUCUGGUGCGAGCAGCAGCGGGUUUGCACGUGGCCACCAGCACAGAGAUACUGUGCCCUGGGACUGGGGAAAAAAGCACUCGAGCCCAUGGAAGAGUUCCCCAGUCCCUCCGUAGCACGGCGUGGUGGGAUAGGUGGAAUUUCCGUGGAAUUUCCAUGGGAAGCAGCACUGCUAACUUUCUUAGGGGAGGGAGGUGUUUGGGAGGGGAACUCCCGUGAGGCUGGGAAUGGAGGGUGCAGCUGGUGGCCAUGGCUUUGUGGCACUGGCAUGUCACCCAGGUUUCCAUAGCACCAGCAUCCAUAACACGGGGCCAAGGAGAGGGAGAGAAGUAGGUCAGACAGGGCUAACAAUACCCAGACGUGUCUAUCUGCGGCUCAGCCUGAUCCAGGAAAGGGGGUGAAACGGACAAGAAAGGAAGAGAAAAAGAGGAGGGGGGGGGAAAAGGAAAAUACAAAGUAUCUGCAGUUUGAGCAAUGCAUUUCUUUUCCUCAGAAAAAUAAAGACCUUUUAAAGCCA